ACAAUUUAAAAUGUGUAUUUUCAUUUAAUGUUUGUUGUAAAUAUGAACACAUUACGUAGUAUUUAAUAAAUCAUUAACUGGAUGGUUUUCAUCAUGAGUUUGAUACUGUACAGUAUAUCAUGCUGAUAGCCCCUGAACACUGUGAAAUAACCAGAGGUGGACGAAGUACACAAUUCCUUUACUUAAGUAUAGAUACACUGUGUGAAAUAUUAUUCCAUUACAAAUGAAAGUUGCUAAGUCAGAUUUUUACUUAAGUUGAAGUACGGAAGUACUUGCUUUAAAAAAACUUAAGUAUUCAGAAGUACAAGUAUUUUUCCUUUUUAAUGUACUGUAAUGUAAUGUUUAUUUGGUCAUUAAUACGGUAUACAUCCUUUGGUCAAUCAUAGGACUUGAACAGACCUUUAGUUCCUUACAUCCAACAAAAACAUUUGACCUAUUUUCAUAACUUUGCAAUUGUUCAUCAAAUGGAUGCAAUAAUUAACACCAGGCCACUUCUAAAAUCUCAAUUGCUAACAGAUUCGUCUAGGUUCUCCCAGGUUAAAUGGAGGAUGUUCUGAUGAAUAACCUGCUGUCAGCAUCAUUACCACAGCUAAGUUCAAAUUGUGCUUAAAAUUAACGAGUACUCCUAUUUCAAUUGGAGUCAAAAGAACAGUAUUGUACUGAAGUAAAAGUAAGAAGUUUCCAAAAAUAUUAAUACUCAAAUAAAGUACAGAUACUCAAAAAUCAUACUUAAGUACAGUAAUAAAGUAAAUGUACUUAGUUACUGUCCACCCCUGGAAAUAACACUGUGAAAAUGUAUGCUUGUUGACUAAAUGUAUGACUGUUCAUAUAUUAUUGCUAUUGAUGUUCCUAUUAAAGCCUUCAGAAGACUUGCUUCACUAUGACCGUGAUCAGUGUCAGCCAGUGUACGAUUUCUAUUCCCACAUCAGCUCUGAAGUAAAUGGCCAUGGGGUACAGAAUGGGUGGGAAUGCCAUCCUGUCCAUUUGCAGUACAUUGACAGUGGAUUGCCUCAUGGAUAUUUAACUGAGCUUCACCCUACCCCAUAUCAUUAUGGUGAUGUGGAAUCUCUGCAUCACCCCUUAGAAGCAACAUUUGCUGGACCUUCCACUGACAUUCCUCCACAGGGCCUGUAUUACCAGCAGCAGCAGCAGCACUCCCCUGCUGCCCGGUGCAGCACAGACGAGGAGGACCCAGGAGGCCGGAGCCCCCCAUUAGAGGUGUCUGAGGGGGAGGAGGCACACUCAGAGCACCACGCCCACUGCCUGGGCACCGUAUCCAGGAACAACAAGAAACUGCGACUGUACCAAUUUUUGCUGGACCUACUGAGGACUGGGGAUAUGAAGGAUAGCAUCUGGUGGGUUGACAGAGAAAGGGGGAUGUUCCAGUUCUCCUCCAAACACAAGGAAGCUGUAGCCAGCCACUGGGGUACUCAGAAGGGCAACCGGAAAAAGAUGACCUACCAAAAAAUGGCCAGAGCCCUGAGAAAUUAUGGAAAAACAGGAGAAAUUCAAAAGGUCAAACGAAAAUUGACGUAUCAAUUCAGUGGAGAGGUACUGCAAAGACUACUACCCUCUAAUAGAAGGCAGUAUAACUAGACUGAUGAACACUGGACCACAAUCACUGUUAUACUAUUGAUACUGAGGAAUUUCUCUGCAUCUAAUACAACUUAAUGGCAUGAAUUGGCAGAAAAGUCAUGUAUAAUCUUAUUGUCAUUUCAAUAUCCUACUCCCACAGUGGUAUAAAAUAAAACUACAGGUCAUGAUUACAUAUAUCUUGGGUGGUAUACCAUCAUUCAGAUCAGCUUUAUAAAUUAAAUGUUCUUUCACUGGUAAAACUUGUGCCACUGUUCAUUAAAAAUAUGUGAAUACUUCA